AAUGCGUUGUGCAGCAACCGAGGGUAACGAAGGGUCACUCCUGGAGUUCCGUGAUUGCUGGCAGUACAAGUUAGCAAGGCGAAUCUACAGCGUGCGUCGCGCCGUCAACGUCGACUUCCCGCUUUUCGGGAAACCUUAGACAUCAGCGGUCGCCAUCGUAAUAUAAGCUCGACGGUGGCACAUAGAUUUCGUCGACCACCACCCGCAUUAGAGAAACGGAACAGGCCGCGUGUCCUAGACGCGGCGCAAGGAGGGUCAAAGAAACUUCGCCGUAAUGCCCGUGCAGGACGUUUCCUCGGACCUUCCAUAUGACACCCUCGAAAAGGCCGCGGCAAUGACGGCAGGAAUCCCGGCGGGAAGUCCGGCGGGAAUGGCGGUGCAGGGAAGCCCGUACGCCAAGAUCCGCACGACAAUCUACUCCCCGCUCUUCCUCGUCGCGUCGGCCUUGCUGCUCCUCGCGCCGGUUAUCUAUUUAUCCACCGUCUUCUCCGUCGUUCCCGUCAGCCCUAGGUUCAUUCUCUCUUGGCCUCCUCGCUCCGCCUCUGCUUCCCAUCGCGACGCCGCGUCGCCGGCUUUCACGGCGCGCUCUGCGGAGGGUUUCCUGGGUGACAACGGUGGGCGGUCGGAAGUUCAGACUAUGGUGGUGGGAACAGGCCAGACCAUAGUGGUGGUCGGCAGCAAGCGAGACAAUAGCGAGGGUUCUAAUAUCGAGAGUGACACCCUGGAGACCGUAAGAGCCAGCGACAGCGGAGAAAACGCGACCGCAGAGGGCGAUGGGACAGCAGCAGCAGCGGAGGCAGCGGGAGGGAAAGCAGAGACAGCGGAAGGAGGAGCAGAGGGGGCACUGCAGCGCAAGGAAGACGAGGAGGCCGAGAGAGAUACUGGAGCGAGUCUACCUACCGCUGUGCCUCUGUCAACAGCGCCCACCGCUCUGCCUCCCCUCCUCAACAUCACGGACCGCAUUCCCGGCUCUCGGCUUAUCACAAAACGCCAUGUGGACGCCUUUCGUGCGCGGUGGCGGUGCAUCAGCGAAUCGGGACGGUGGGAGAUGGACGAGACGCCUCGGCCCCUCCCCUGGGCGCUCCCGAAUUACACGUUCGGAGGGUGUGAUGUGGUUUUUACUAGGCACCGCAAAACCCACCUUGCAGGUCCGGAUGCCGAUGCUGUGGCGCUUAGUCCGGAUGCGCAGGGUCGGUGGGUGGUUCGGGGAUCGCUGAUGUAUGACUGGAGGGUGGAUGAGGGGCGGUGUGGAGGAGGAUUGAGGGAGUUUGAGAGUGGGAGGAUGUGUGAGGUGGUGGGCGGCGGAGGGAAGAACAUUGCGUUUAUAGGCGACUCGUUAACGGGACAGAUGCAUACGUCGUUCUUCAAUCACAUGCGCAUGGUUCAGCGCAAUCUGUUGGGAAGCAACAGCAACACCAACGCUAACAGCAGCAGCAGCAGCAGCAGCAGCGGCAGCAGGGUGGGGGAAAGCACGGCAGCAGAGCAGCGACCGUACAACCAGCUGUGCUGUGGGGGAGUCCUGCAGGAGAACCCAACUCUGGGCGAGUGGCAGGUGUGCGAAGGAGCAGCCUUCUGCUCAGCUGCACAGGAAGAGGGGGAGGAGCAGGAGCAGCAGCCUGGGGAGGCAAGAGCUGGAGGGAAGGCAGGAGGAGCCGGUCUAUUUGUCGCUGACUUCAUAAGGAAUGAUUUUCUCACAGUGGUGGGUCAUCCCAGGUGGAAUCUGGACACCUUUGCAGUGGAGCUGCCGUUCCUGGGUUACAUGACUGGUAACCGCUGCGAUGUGAUGAGGCCGGAGAGUGAGAUGGAGGGAGUGGUGAACAAAAGCAAGAAAAGGAACAGACGGCAGAUGAGGGAGAAGAGGGGGAGAAAGGGGAAAGUGCACGUUGGAGUGGUCAUUGCGUCUGGCCAGGGCGGUGAGGAUGAGGCAAAAUCCGCUGCUGCUCUUAAGCCGGUGUUGUCUUCACCGGCUGCACUGUACAAGAAGUAUGACAUCUUUGUGAUGAAUCGCGGGGCACACUAUGCGGAGGAUGAUGUGUUCAUCCCAGAGCUUCGUGAGACGAUGCUUGCGUUGCGCACGCAUUUCCCUAACGCCCUAAUUAUUUACCGCAACACCCCACCAGGACAUGUCAACUGCACGCAAUACUGGGAGCCCAUUCCCAGGCGACAAUCACCGGAGGAGCUGCCGUACAAUUGGGGGGAUUUCAAAAGGCAGAAUGAAAUGGCUCGUGAAAUUGUGGAGGCAGCAGGUGCAGUGUAUCUAGAUGUGGAUGCCAUGACUUCCCUGAGACCAGAUGGGCAUUUAGGGAAGAACCGGCGUUACAAGGUGGACUGCCUGCAUUAUUGCCUACCUGGCCCCAUAGAUCUCUGGACCAGGAUGCUCUAUAAUGUGCUUCUAGAGGUGCUGUAGUGGCGCUUAGGUUGUAGAUAAACAUUAGUGUGAUUGGGUUAGGGAGCAUUUCUGCAGUUAGCCCUUCGAUAUUCGGCGCACUCUAG